AUGUUUGCAGCUCUUCGGGAUAACCGGAUCGAGCUGGUGCGGGCGACCUCCCAGGAGCUGACCAUCCGCAUCAACGACGUCAGCCUGUCGGACGAGGGCCUCUACACCUGCUCCCUGUUCACUAUGCCAGUCAAGACCACCAAGGCCUACCUCACUGUGCUAGGAGUGCCACGGCGACCGGAGAUCACAGGCUUCACCAGACCGGCUCUGGAGGGGGAGCUGGUUACCCUCACCUGCACCACAUGGGGCAGCAAACCCGCCGCCAACAUCCGCUGGUUUCGCAACGACCAAGAGGUCCAAGGUACGACACUCUUCAAAUAG